GGGGCCUAGACGGGCAGCUCCUGCCCCCUCCCGCCUGCGGGGCAAAAGCGAGGCGGGGCUCGUGUCUCCGUCCUCCUCCUCGCGAGGUUGUGACUCUCCACCCGCAAACAGACCCGGCCCGCACUGCGGGGCUGUUGUGAGACCCUCACACGUGCGCCACAUCCCCUCGCCUCCUGACAGACCCUCAGGGCGCCUCCAAGCGAAGCGCGAGGCGCGGCCCCGGACUGCGCCCUCCCCCCACACAACAGGCGCGGGCUGGAAGUGGCGUAAAUUCCAGGCCAGGACGGGCUACUCUAGGAAGCUCCUUAUACUCUAUGGUGGCUCGAUAGGCUGGCUGGUGGCUAGAGCGGCGGCGGCGGCCGCCGUCAUCGCCGCGGGGCAUUGUGGGGCGGGCAAUGGCGGCGCCCGGCGAGUGGAGAGUCAGGCCCUGAAGCGGCGGCCGCGCCAGCCUCUGCCCAGGCAGCCCACCAUGGGGGACACCCCUGAAGAGGCCUCCCUCCACCGCCUGGAGGGAAUGGCUCCAGAGACGCAGGUUGGGGGCUUGAUCAUCAAGAAGAAGAGCGCUGCUGAGGAACAGCACGUCUUCAAGAUCCCUGCGCCCCGCACCUCCCUGCUGGGCCUUGACCUCCUAGCUGCACAGAAACGCCGGGAGCGGGAGGAGAAGGACAGCAGCCCAGAGGACCGGAAGAGGUCCCGGGUCUCUUCGUACAAGGACUGGGCGGAGGGUAAAGAUGACGUGGUGGGGGGCGAAGAAGAGGAUGGUGGCGACACAGCAGGAUGCAGCAGCCGCAAAGACAGGUACUACCGCUCUGCCCGGGUGGAAACACCGUCUCACACUGGAGGGGUCAGUGAGGAGUUCUGGGAGCGCAGCCGGCAGCGGGAGCGGGAACGCCGUGAGCACGGGGUCUACGCCUCUUCCAAGGAGGAGAAAGAUCGCAAGAAGGACCACGGUCGGGAACGGGACCACGAUCGCAAACGAGACCGAGAAGAGGGAGAUCGGAGUCGUCGCAGCAGCCGGUCAGAGAGGGACAGCUCCUCAGAGAGGUCCAGCACCCGGAAGAACGAGCCAGAGAGCCCUCGGCACCGCCCCAAAGAUGCAGCGACGCCAUCCCGCUCAAGCUGGGAAGAGGACGACAGUGGCUACAGCAAUUCGCGCCGCUCUCAGUGGGAAUCUCCCUCCCCCACACCCUCCUAUCGGGACUCUGAGCGAAGUCACCGCGGUUCGGCUCUCCGCGACAGCGAUCGGCGUGAUCGUGACCGGUCCGUGAGGAGCAGAUAUCCGGAGGAGACCCCGCUGCCGACCCCUUCGUACAAAUACAAUGACUGGGCUGACAAUCAGAGGCACUCGGGUUCACAGGCGUGGCUCUCCAGGGGCAGAGGGAGGCGUGAGGAUGGUGAGGGCGGCAUUGCCUUUGAGUCCGAGGAAGAGCGGCAGCAGUGGGAAGACGACCAGCGGCAAGCUGACCGGGACUGGUACAUGAUGGACGAGGGCUACGAUGAGUUCCACAACCCUCUGGCCUCCUCGUCGGAGGAGUAUGUGCGGAAGCGGGAGCAGCACCUGCAGAAGCAGAAGCAGAAGCGGAUGUCUGCGCAGCGCCGGCAGAUCAACGAGGAUAACGAACGCUGGGAGACCAACCGCAUGCUGACGAGUGGCGUGGUGCACCGGCUGGAGGUGGACGAGGACUUUGAGGAGGACAAUGCCGCCAAGGUCCACCUCCUGGUCCACAACCUGGUGCCCCCCUUCUUGGAUGGGCGCAUCGUCUUCACCAAGCAGCCAGAGCCUGUCAUCCCUGUCAAGGACGCAACUUCGGACCUGGCCAUCAUCGCCCGCAAGGGCAGCCAGCUCGUGCGGAAGCACCGCGAGCAGAAGGAGCGCAAGAAGGCCCAACAUAAGCACUGGGAGUUGGCGGGCACCAAACUGGGGAACAUCAUGGGCAUCAAGAAGGAAGAGGAGGAGGAGGGAUCCCACCCAAUCUUGGCGGAGGACGGCACUGUGGAUUACAGGACGGAGCAGAAAUUUGCUGACCACAUGAAAGAGAAGAGUGAAGCUAGCAGUGAGUUUGCCAAGAAGAAGUCGAUCGUGGAGCAGAGGCAGUUCUUGCCCAUCUUUGCUGUGCAGCAGGAACUGCUGACUGUCAUCAGGGACAACAGCAUUGUGAUCGUGGUGGGGGAGACGGGCAGCGGCAAAACGACGCAGCUGACGCAGUACCUGCACGAGGACAGCUACACGGACUACGGCAUGAUUGGCUGCACGCAGCCGCGCCGGGUGGCAGCCAUGUCUGUGGCCAAGCGUGUCAGUGAGGAGAUGGGCGUGAGCCUUGGCGAGGAGGUGGGCUACGCCAUCCGCUUUGAGGACUGCACUUCCGAGAAUACGGUCAUCAAGUACAUGACGGAUGGGAUCCUGCUGCGCGAGUCUCUGCGCGAAGCUGACCUCGACCACUACAGCGCGAUCAUCAUGGACGAGGCCCACGAGCGCUCUCUCAACACGGACGUGCUCUUUGGCCUCCUGCGAGAGGUCGUGGCCCGGCGCUCAGACCUGAAGCUGAUCGUGACCUCGGCCACCAUGGAUGCCGAGAAGUUUGCUGCCUUCUUUGGGAACGUGCCCAUCUUCCACAUUCCUGGCCGCACCUUCCCUGUGGAUGUCCUCUUCAGUAAGACUCCGCAAGAGGACUACGUGGAGGCGGCCGUCAAGCAGGCCCUGCAGGUGCACCUCUCCAGCGCCCCAGGUGACAUCCUGAUCUUCAUGCCCGGCCAGGAGGACAUUGAGGUCACCUCGGAGCAAAUCGUGGAGCACCUGGAAGAGCUGGAGAAUGCCCCUGCCCUGGCUGUGCUGCCCAUCUACUCCCAGCUGCCUUCGGAUUUGCAAGCCAAGAUCUUCCAGAAGGCCCCAGACGGAGUCAGGAAGUGCAUUGUGGCCACCAACAUCGCAGAGACCUCCCUGACAGUUGACGGGAUCAUGUUUGUGAUUGACUCUGGCUACUGCAAGUUGAAGGUCUUCAACCCUCGGAUCGGCAUGGAUGCCCUGCAGAUCUACCCCAUCAGCCAGGCCAAUGCCAACCAGCGCUCGGGCCGAGCUGGGAGGACAGGGCCAGGUCAGUGUUUCAGACUGUACACCCAGAGUGCCUACAAGAACGAGCUGCUGAGCACCACGGUCCCAGAGAUCCAGCGCACCAACCUGGCUAAUGUGGUGCUGCUGCUCAAGUCGCUGGGGGUGCAGGACCUGCUGCAGUUCCACUUCAUGGAUCCCCCUCCGGAGGACAACAUGCUGAACUCCAUGUACCAGCUGUGGAUCCUGGGAGCCUUGGACAACACAGGUGGGCUGACCUCCACGGGGCGCCUGAUGGUGGAGUUCCCCCUCGACCCGGCCCUCUCCAAGAUGCUGAUCGUCUCCUGCGACAUGGGCUGCAGCUCCGAGAUCCUCCUGAUUGUUUCCAUGCUCUCCGUCCCGGCCAUCUUCUUCCGGCCCAAGGGCCGGGAGGAGGAGAGUGACCAGGUGCGGGAGAAGUUUGCGGUCCCCGAGAGCGACCACCUGACCUACCUGAACGUCUACCUGCAGUGGAAGAACAGCAGCUACUCCACGCUCUGGUGCAACGAGCACUUCAUCCACGCCAAAGCGAUGCGCAAGGUGCGGGAAGUGCGGGCCCAGCUGAAGGACAUCAUGGUGCAGCAGCGCAUGAGCCUGGCCUCCUGUGGCACCGACUGGGACGUGGUCCGCAAGUGUAUCUGUGCUGCCUACUUCCACCAGGCUGCCAAACUGAAGGGCAUCGGGGAGUAUGUCAACAUCCGCACAGGGAUGCCCUGCCACCUCCACCCCACCAGCUCCCUCUUUGGCAUGGGCUACACGCCCGACUAUAUUGUCUACCACGAACUUGUCAUGACCACCAAGGAGUACAUGCAGUGUGUCACGGCUGUGGACGGCGAGUGGCUGGCCGAGCUGGGCCCCAUGUUCUACAGCAUCAAGCAUGCUGGCAAGUCCCGCCAGGAAAGCCGUCGGCGGGCCAAGGAGGAAGCCUCCGCCAUGGAGGAGGAGAUGGCUCUGGCCGAAGAGCAGCUGCGGGCACGCCGCGAGGAGCAAGCCCGCCGCAACCCUGUGGGCAGCGUCAGGUCCACCAAGAUCUACACGCCGGGGCGCAAGGAGCAGGGCGCGCCUGCCACUCCCCGCCACACGCCGGCGCGCUUUGGGCUGUGACGGGGGCUUCCGCCACCUCUGCUCUGUACAGAGGAGCCUGCUGGGCUCCAGUUGGGCAGGGCCCACCUUGGGAUGGACACGGAGAAAUAAUUUUAUUGUUUAUAUAAAUGUUGCUGCUGCCUGA